AUGCGACAGGGACCAAACAUCUGCCCCUUUCACGAAAUCAGAAAACAUCCUCUUCCUCUCAUCUCUCUCGAUUUGAAACAAACGCAACAACAACGAAAGAACUCUCCGCCUCUCUCAUUAUCGUACUCUCCGUCUCUUGCUCAUCUGAAGAAAAACAGAGUAAAACUCUCUUCUCUCGAUCUCGUCUCUGUCGUGAUCUCUCUCGAUCGCGGUGUCACUCUCAAUCGCAAACGGAUCAAUCGAGCACACAAACCCCAAUUCCCAAGAAUUGAUAAGAAGAAAAAAGCUACAACCGGGAAGGGCUUUGACGAAUCCUGUGAAAUGGCUCAGAGUUCCUUCAGGUUUGUGUGGUCUAUCUUGGUGUAAUGUUUGGACUGUUGUGAGAAGCAGGGCACUAGCAAGGUUGGUGUUGCAGAGCAGCAGCAAGGUGCAGGUUUUGGCAGCAUGGGGCAGCGAUUUUGGACUGUUUCUACUGCAUUUUUGGACCUUUGGGGCAGCAAACUUCUGGCCCUUAGAGCUUAGGUUUAGGGACUGAAUUCAUGCCAUUUAUUUGUAACCUUUCAAUGAUUAUUUCAAAUGAUUAAGAACUUUAGCAAAAGUCUAAUUCUUGUAAUUUUCAAAUGAAUUUGGAAUCUAUCUCUUGUAAUAAGGUAAUUUGAAGUUGAAUGAAAAAGUGUUAUUGGCAUUGUGAA